GAGUAAACGAAGAAAGAAAAAAACAAAAAGAAAAACAAAAAAUCGGUUCUUUUUCCAGAGAGGUCUUUGGAGAGAGGAGAGAGAAAGAGAAGGAAUCGCUUUGUAUAUAAGCUAAGAAAAGCCAAAACAUCUAGAGGUAGGGAGAGGAAGGAGAGAAAGAAAAGAGCUUCUGUUUUUAUCCGGCGGUGAUAAGACGACGACAGCGACGGCGGAAACGGAGGAGCUUUUGUUGCCAAUGGCGGAGUCAAACGGCUCCGUUUCCGUCGACGUUGGAACGAUCUAUCUUGGUGGCAAGGAGCAUCGUGUUAAAACUGCGUGUGGUGUUGUGUCUGUCAUUGUCUAUGGAGACCGAGAAAAGCCAGCAUUGAUUACUUAUCCCGAUCUGGCCCUUAACCAUAUGUCAUGCUUCCAAGGAUUAUUCUUUUGCCCUGAAGCAGCUUCCUUGCUGCUACAUAACUUCUGCAUUUAUCAUAUCAGUCCACCUGGGCAUGAGUUAGGAGCUGCUCCGAUUUGUCCUAAUGAUUCAGUCCUUUCUGCUGAAGAUUUGGCGGAUCAAAUCCUUGAAGUUCUCAACUUUUUCGGCCUCGGUGCUGUGAUGUGUAUGGGAGUGACUGCUGGUGCUUACAUUCUCACAUUAUUCGCGAUGAAACAUAGAGACAGGGUUCUCGGUUUGAUUCUUGUCUCGCCGCUAUGCAAGGCGCCGUCUUGGUCUGAAUGGUUUUACAACAAGGUCAUCUCAAACUUGUUGUAUUUCUACGGAAUGUGUGGAGUGGUAAAAGAAUUUUUGCUUCAGAGAUAUUUUAGUAAGGAAGUCCGUGGUAACGUCGAGAUCCCAGAGUCAGAUAUAGCACAAGCUUGCAGAAGACUGCUUGAUGAGAGGCAAAGCAUAAACGUUAUGCGGUUUCUUGAUGCUAUUGAUCGGAGACCUGACAUCUCUAGUGGAUUGAAGAAACUAAAAUGCAGGACGCUUAUCUUCAUCGGAGAUCAGUCACCUUUCUACUCAGAAGCUGUUCAUAUGGCAGCAAAUAUGGAUAGAGGAUACUGUGCUUUGGUUGAGGUUCAGGCUUGUGGUUCAAUGGUAACAGAGGAGCAAGCACAUGCAAUGUUGAUCCCAAUGGAAUAUUUCUUGAUGGGUUAUGGAUUAUACAGACCAUCUUGUUUCACAGAGAGCCCUAGAAGUCCACUUAGCCCUUCUUGCAUUUCACCUGAGCUUCUCUCUCCUGAGAGCAUGGGAUUAAAGCUUAAGCCUAUCAAAACCCGAGUCUCGGCUUAAGUGUACGUGCACCCUACUGGUUCAUUGGUUCUAGUUUUGCUGAGGAGAAAAUCUUAGGGCUUUUGUAGAUAUAGAACACUUAGCGAUUUGAGAAGAAGAAGAAAAAUUCAACCCACGCCUUUGAUAACACAUUCUUUUGUAGUCAGCCAUCACGACAGUCCUCUUGUUCAGAAGCCACAAAUGUUGUUUAUUAUUUCAUUUUUUUUAUAUAUGUGUAAAAAGAUUUGUUGUUGUGACAUUGUAACAUUUGUUUUGUGAUGGGACUUCUACAGAUUUAAAUAAAUCAAGUUCAAUAAUAA